AUGCCCGUUCCCGCAGCAAGACAUCCCCAGGCUCAGGAGCCCUCCGUCUGGCAGAAGCGUGCGAUGGGCGCCAUGAUGGGCACCGGUGUCGGUCUCACCAUCGGCUUCAUCUUUGGUUCCUACACCAUUCUGAGAGGAGGCGCAGGCCCUCGCGGCGCCCUGUCCACCCUCUCACAGUACAUGCUCAGCAGUGCUGCCACCUUCGGCUUCUUCCUCUCAGUCGGCUCGGUCAUUCGCAACGACGCGCUUCUCCCCCCUCACAUGCAGGCCGCACAACUCCAGCUCCUCCCUCCGAUCACGCGCUCCAAAGCCGAAGGCGCCAUGCUCAUGCGUUCACGCUGGAAUGCUGAA